CUCUAGCUAUCCUAUUUGGUAAGUUUUUCAGUUUGUAUCGUUCAUGUAUUUUUCCUUGUUCUCUGGCCACUGCGCGCAUAGACAGAAUGCCGUCGAUUGAAUACGACGAUUCCAAGCCCAGUUGGGCGGAUCAGGUUGAAGAGGAGGGAGACGAAGGUACCCUACCCCCUCCAAAAGAAACCGUCAAAGGAAAUAUCAAAACCAUCACGGAAUACAAGAUCGAUGAGGAUGGAAAGAAGUUCAAGAUUAUUCGCACCUUCAAGAUUGAGACUAGGAAGGCCUCCAAAGCUGUUGCCAGGAGAAAGAACUGGAAGAAGUUUGGCAACUCCGAGUAUGACCCACCAGGUCCCAAUGUUGCUGAUACCACAGUCAGUGAUGAUGUCUUCAUGGUGUUCAUCUCUAGCAAAGAGGACCUGAAUGCCCAAGAUGUGGAAGAGGACCCCAUGAACAAGCUGAAGGGACAGAAGAUAGUGUCCUGUCGAAUCUGUAAAGGAGACCAUUGGACCACCCGCUGCCCCUACAAGGACACUCUGGGUCCCAUGCAGAAGGAGCUGGCCGAGCAGCUGGGCCUGUCCACUGGAGACCCGACAAAGACUGCAGGAGACGAGCCUGAGCCUGCCGCACCAGCUGCAGGGAGCAAAACAGGGAAGUAUGUGCCCCCCAGCCUGAGGGACGGCAGCACACGUCGAGGAGAGUCCAUGCAGCCCAAUCGCCGUGGUGCAUCUGAUGACAACGCCACCAUCCGUGUGACCAACCUGUCUGAGGACACACGCGAGACGGAUCUGCAGGAGCUCUUCAGGCCUUUCGGCUCCAUCUCCAGGAUCUACCUGGCAAAGGACAAAAACACAGGCCAGUCCAAGGGCUUUGCCUUCAUCAGUUUCCACCGCAGGGAGGAUGCAGCCAGAGCCAUCGCAGGAGUGUCAGGAUUUGGAUACGAUCAUCUUAUCCUCAAUGUGGAAUGGGCCAAACCAUCAAACAACUGAGAUGACAUUUCAGGAGGAAUGCCAGAUUUUGUUCAUGUAGUAAGAUGUGGCUCUGAAUAAAGACUUAUCAUGCUGA